AAGCAGGGCAAUGCUGUUCGAUUGGACAUUGUCUGAGUUGGGUGUUCCAGAUAAAGGUAAAAUUUGUGUACAAUGUACAAAUUGUGAGGCAAGCAUCAAAUGUGAAGACUGUUUUGCAUUUUUGUGUCACAUUUGUGACCAAAUGCAACAUUUUCUCAUGCCUUUCCACCACAGAUUAUAUUGGAAAAAUGGCUUUUAUGAGCCAUUAGACCCGACACAAACUGUGUGCCCUGAAGGAAAUAUCUUUCACUGGAAACCUGUUGUACCAGCCCAACCACCAAAUUCUUGCCCCAACUGCACAGAUUGCAAGUUUAAAAUUUCAAGCUCCAGCAAUCUCUGCAUCUUCAUCACUAUAAUGGGAAGGUAUGACCUCUAUACUCCAAUCUAUACAUGCCACUGUGGAUAUGAGCAUCAACAACUAGGCAAGACCAUGCACAAGUCUGGUUUCUAUUCAUCAUUAGGAAAGAGCAGCACAUUCUACAGCACCAGUCUGCUUGAAUCAUGGCACCAUAUCAAAAGAAAUUGUCCCGGAACAUCAUUUCGGGCAUUAGUCACUGCACUGGAAUCCUUUGGUGCUUCUCGUGGGCGUAUUGGACCCAUUAAUUAUAUAACUUCGAAGAGAGUGUUCUUCGAAUGGCGAUUCCAGCAAUAUGAGCUGAGAAAAAUUAGAGGAGAAGCUGACAAUGAGUGUCCUGCUUGUGAUAAAACCCCUUUAGCAGUACAUAUUGAUGGCAACAAGAAGCUGUAUCGUUACAACAAAGUUGGGAGAGGUAUCAGAAACCCCUAUUAUUCUGAUAGUAUCUUCAGCAAAGAUGAAGAUGUUCAAGCUCAUGUUGGCACUAUUCAGAGCUUGAAAACUAAGGUAUUGUAUGGAGGGCGGUGGCAAGAAGGAAGUGGCAUGACUUUAGGGGAAGAGGCAGAGCAAGUGUUUGCAUACCUCUCACGAUACAACUCUACAACUAAAAACAUGCUGAAAGCUGAAAGAACAGAAGAACUCACAGAGGGUGCAGUCUUUUGGAACCAUCGAAAAAUUGAUGGACUGGCUCGUGCAUUAGUUACUCGACUCAGAAAGGUACUAAAAAUAAUAUAUAUUUAUUUUAUUUAUUUGUAUUUAUUUUGAAACUUAUUAUAAUGCAUUUAUAUGUGAAAGGUAUUAUAAUGCAUUUAUAGGUUAGUUAUGUGUUCAGAUCAUGUACUACAUAUAUUUUCCAUUAUAAAUUAGCGACCAUUUCCUUGAAUUAACUGCUUGAACUUUUUCAAUAUAUCAAUAAGGUUAAUUUGUAUAAAGUAUAUAGUAUUUAAUUAACCUAAAUGUAUGAUUCCGAGAUAUAUCAAAUGUGUUCACAGAGAAAUCACAGUAUCGUGAUAUAUCACGGGAACUGUGAUGAGGGUUUGAACCCCAUGCACUGAGUGCUCUCAGAUGCAUGCUCUAGUUCACUACGCCACGACAUGGUCAGAUGAAUUGCAACUUGGAGUACUACUGCACCCACAAGGAUCCCAAGGCUUCCACUGAAGCCAAACCAGGUUUCACACAAUUCCCCCAUGAACUCGGUCUCUGUCAUUCAGUAGUUCUGCCUUUGAUGCCCCCAUUUCAAUGUCUUUC